GGUUUUACAGAGUUGGCAACACUGGCUGUCUAAGCAAAAUAAAACAUGGCGGCGAGUGAUUAAAAAUGUGUCACUGUCUCCAAUAAUAAUCAUAUUUUCUUUGUUUAUUUUACUUUUUGCAAACUUUGUGUUCUCUCUUACUUCCUUUAAUUUCGUGAUUACAGAUUUAUGUGUUGACUUUUAAGUGCUAUUCAUUGAGUUCCGACCAUGGGGACGAGCACAAUGGGCGGCGAUCUACAUUCCGAUAAACAGGACAAGCUGCUGAAACUGCAGGCCAGGAAGAAGGAGCUCGAGCUGAUGCUCGCCUCCAAGAACGAGGAGCUGUACAAGCUGUGCGUGCAGGAGGUGCAGCUGACGGGCGUCAUGCCGCCCGAGGCGCCGCUCAGCCCCGACGCGCCUCGCGAGCGCGCGGGCAGCGUGCGCAGCGCCGACGUGCAGGACGGCGCCGACCGCCGGCGCAAGCACCCGGCGCACCGCCUGUCCACGCCCUCCGCGGCCGACGCCGCGCCCUCGCGCCGCCCGCGCCGCCCCGACACCAGCUGCUCCAACUUCUUCCCCUCGCCGCCGCACGAGCGCCACCCCGACACGUUCUCCAUCCGCGCCUCGCACACCUACCCGCGCCUCGAGCCGCCCGCCGAGCCGCCGCGCGCUGCGCUCGCCGAGUGCUCCAACCGGCUCUACUACCCGCUCCCCGCCGAGCCGCACUUCAGCUCCAGCCACCCCGACAUCGCGCACCGCCACACGCCGCUGCUGUACCAGUACGCGGCGCAGCUGCGCGCGCACAGCCAGCACCUGGGCGCGCUGCAGCCGCCGCCGCCGCACGCGCGCCGCCCGCACGGCGCGCGCCGCGUGGCACUGCAGCGCACGCAGACCUACCACCUCACGUCGCACAGCGACUACAGCCAACACCUGGACGCCAUGGCGCCGGCGCCCGGCACGCUGCCGUUGCGCGAGCGCGCCGCGCGCCCGCCGCUGCACCUGCAGCUGCAGGUGGCCACCGACGACUGCGGCGCGCCCCGCUACUCGCCGAGCGAGGCGGACUCGGUGAGCGUGGGCAAGUUCUCGCCGCUGUCGCCGCCGGACGGGCGCGCGAAGGAGAAGCAGUGGUACGAGACGUCGCUGGACGCGCCCGCGCAGCGCAAGGGCGCCGGCGUCAAGCGCGCGCCGAGCGCGGCGGGCGCGCAGCCGUACGAGGUGAUGGUGUCCGCGGGGCGCCACGCGGCGCUGCGCAGCCCGCCCGGCGCCGUGUCGCUGGAGUCGCCCGGCAACAUGACCGUCAUCGAGCAGGGCAAGUGCAUCCCGUACCGCGAGGAGACCAAGCCCUUCGAGAUGUCGGACUUCUACAAGUACUCCACGAAGUUCCGGCAGGCCGGCGCCGCGCGCGCCGCGCCCCCGCACCCGCCCGCCGCCGCCUACGACGACGCGCCUCCGUACAACCCCCACCAGUGGCAUGGCUAUGCCAACUGAUCAUCCCACCAAUGUGCUAACCGCCACUCGGGUGGAGACCGGCUCUCGUUAAUGUGUACCCUGCAGUUUAGUUCACCUCAACAUCAGAAGGUUCUUCCUUUGAAUUAAUUUGACUUAUUUAAUUUAGUAGUAGUCAGUACUUAAACUACAGGAUCUCUACAACAAUCACUUGUACAUAUUAUAUUUUUGUUCAACUCAACACAUUCUAUAUUAUUACAAACUCAAACUAUAUUAAUAAAAUCGACAAUAAAUAAAGGCCAUAAUAUUAAAUAGUGAUUGGAGAAUAAACUACUGUGAUAGUUGAAUGAUAUUCACUGUAUGUGAGUGCACGGCUGAGACGCUGGUACUGCAGCUGUACGCGUACACUACUUGCCUAUCUUUUGUGCUACAAAAUAUUACAGCAGGUACAUGCCCUGCACAGUGCACAUGUGCUAUUGUUUGUAAGAGAUACAAUAAUGUUUGUGUGAUACCUAUAGGAAGCAUUAUGUUUAUAGUUUAGUGUUGGGCAGAAUGGAAGCAAAUUGCUGUGAUGGUAAUUAUUAUCAUUGGUUUGAUAAUUUGUAUAUGGUUAUUUAUUGAUGACACAAAUAUGCUUUGUUCCCACCGCUUUGUAAAGUGAUUUUGAAGCUAUGCCCCUUGCGAGAGGAGAAUUCCUCGCAUUUGUAUUUUAGUGAUUAGAGCUGAUGUCCACUGAACAGUGACUCGCUCUAUGGUUCCGCCCGCAUUCACUGAUCGGUGGAGAUCAUUAGCUGUUUGGAGUCAGGGAGCUGUAGCGAUGGCGGGCGGCUGUCGGGCCUGGCUCCAACGGCCUGCAGAUACUUGCCGUUGUCAAGUGACUGAGCCUUAUUGACUGCCUUGUACUAUCUCGUCCAAAAUCGAUUAUACAGUUAGGUAGUUAAAUGUACCUAUAGAUAUAAAACUUGUUGUAUAAAAAAAUUAUUUUGUUAUAAUAUUGUAGAUAGGAAUCAAUGAUUCGAUGGUAUGUGUACGUCAGGUCCUGUGGUGCAAAAAUAUAUUAUUAUGUAAAAGUAUUGUUACACUUUGCCCUGACAAUAUACUCUACAUCUAACAAUCAAACAUUUUUCCAAAAUCGUGAUUUUCUGCUUCGCUAUUCGGCGCUGCCAUGACAAAACACUAAAGGUGCCCACGCACUCGAACUGAACUGCGCGUCGCGGCAGCGCCCCGCACGAUAUUCUCUCCACCCGCGACGCGCGUACCGCGUAGCGCGUCACUGCCGCGCGCAGUUUAGCUGCAGUGCAGUUCGAGUGCGUGGGCACCUUAAGUAUUUAAUAAUGCAUUUUUUUUGUAAAAAGUGAUCCUUGUGUUUAGGAGAUACAGCGUUUGCCAUUUUGCAAUGACAUCGAGGAGCGCGUUUGUCGCAGUUACGAUAAAACACUGUAUCUAUACAUACAAUGUACGUGCAGUCUUAGCGCGGCAGAGCGACCGCGACGCGCGACACAGCGACCGCGACGCGCGACACUUGCGUGGAGAGCAACAAACUCUACCUCCAGUUUAUCUAAUUACUGCAAACUGAGCCCUGAUGAUGUCGGUCCAGUGCGCUGUCGCUGAAUGCGUUGAGGAGCUCUGUGCGGUGUGUGUGCACGACGCACGUGUGGGCUCGGCAAACCCAACCCAGUUGAUGAUCUUCACAUUAUGAAUUAGUUUGUAUAGGACUAGGUAGGUAGUUAUUGAUAUUGCAAUUCAAAAUUGCAUGUAUCAAAAAUUGGAGAUAAAUUAUUUUUGUAUUGUUUAUAUAAGCGAUUCGUGCAGAGACCACAUAAUAUUUUGUUUAAGUCAAAUAAAGUUUUUCUACAAUUACUUACCUUGUUUUAUUUAU